UCAACACAGCUGCCUUCAGCAGCAGGAAUGCACUGAAACGCUGAAGCUGGAAAAGGAGAAGCCUUCACCUGCUGCGUGUGCUUGGUAUAAACAGGUGUCAGGAUCUCUGAGAGCUGCCAGUAGCUGCUCCACUGAUGCAUUUUGUACUAAAUACACCUCUCCUUUCCUUGCAAAAGGAAGGGCAAGCCCUGGUGGGGAGGAGCCCUGUAGGGCUGGGGGAGGACUGGGGGCUGCAGCUCCCCAGGGCUGUUCCUGCUGUCCCACAGCCCCACCUGUGCCCCCUGGGGGGAGCUCUGGUGGAGAGGGGCUGGAGCCCGAAGCCUGCAGGAACUGCCAAUCGCGGCUGAAAGCAAAAAGGGAUGAAAUCUUAAUUGGAUCUCCACCACCCUGCAGAGAAACGCAUUUGGAUUCAAAUGAAAUGGAGCUUUGUACUCUCAGGGUUUCAGAGGCGGAAUGGAAGAGGAAUUAUUCACAAUUCCUAUUAGUGAGAGGAUAGCAUUUCCUGCGGACUUGUCUUUGUGAAUUUCGCCUUGUCAGAAAUGGUGGGGAGCUGCAGGACGACACAUGGGGACAGCGCUGACUGCAGGGCACAGCCUCGCAGCACGGAUGGUCCCCGUUCAGUCCCGUGGCCCUGCUCACUGCAUUCCUCGUUCUGUCCCCGUCCACCAGAGCUCUGCAGAACCUGCCGUGCAUUUUGGCAUUUUCUCUUUGUGAACUUCUAUCAAUAUUUAACGCAGCAGUGUCAGUUUUGCUGUAAGAUGAGAGGAGCUACGAGAAACCUGAAUUAUACAUGGUGCGGUGGGGAGGUUGGGGAGCUUUCUGUGAGCCGAACGCGGCGCCGCGGCCAUGGAUGAGCCCCAGCGGAACCCCGGGCAGCGGCCCGAGGGGCGGCCCCGCAAAGUGCGGUUCCGAAUCUCGUCGGCGUGCAGCGGCCGCGUGCUGAAGCAGGUCUACGAGGACGGGCAGGCUUUGGAGCCGCCGACUGUGGAGCAGUCCCGGAGGCUGCGGCACAGCUUUGAGCCCGCUGUGCUACCCGACGGCCCCGCGCUGGGACUGCCGCAGAGCAGCGGCUGCGGGGAGGACGGGCGCAGCCCCGGCUGCCCCCCUGCUGGCAGUGGGCUUUAUGGGGCUUCCCCAGUUAUUGACUUUGGCCAGAUCAUCAUCUACACCAACAACCUAAAAAUCAUCCGUGCUCCAAUGGACCAGAGGGAGCUGAUGAGAAGAAUCAUCCAGACAGAGGGGGUGAGCGACUGGGCCUUCGUGUACCGGGAAAGGAGAGAAAGAAUUGGUGCUGGACAUAGAAAGGAUGUGGAAAAGAAGGCUGUCUGCAACCAGUACAUGCAGGAAAGAGGUGCUGAGCGCACUUGCUCCCAGUGCAAAGGAUCAGGCUGUGCUCCUUGCUCGCUGUGCCAUGGCAGCAAGUUUUCGAUGCUGGCAAACAGAUUCAAGGAAUCCUACAGGGCUCUAAGGUGCCCAGCCUGCAAUGAGAGCGGCGUGCAGCCCUGCCAGGUCUGUGCUGCGUGACAGAGCUUUGCAUUAUUUCACUUCAAGCAGCUCUGCUACAGUGGGAACUUCUUGAAGAUGGGAGAAGUACAUGACUUGAGUUCACCAUAAACACGAACACAGCGUCUCUGCUCCA